AUGCUGAAGGACGUACUGCCGAAGCCACGGAGAUCCUCCUCAAUAUCAUCAGGACGUCAGACAAGGAGCGAGAUGCAAUUUCCUUCAAGUCCUGCGAGUCUACUUAUCAAACGAAGCAGAACUCGCGCUACAAAAGGGUUGUGGGAGGAAGCAAUACAGGAUGCGAACGAGGAGGUGAAAGCGGAUCCCUCCAGUCCUUGGGGCUAUGAGGCCACGCAUGUGGUGCUUCAUGGCGCGAAGCAGUAUGACGAGGCAAUCGAGGCUUUCAAGUCCAUGCUGCAUAGGAUGGAUCAGUCCCAUGACCCCGCAACCACCCGUAUGUACCUCCUCUAUGAAACUAAUACCCCAAGUGACGGUUUCACAGAACUCCGUAAGAACUACAUUUCACCACCCGACGUGAUUGCUGCAAUCGAUUCCAUCGUCGGCGAGAUCUGUUGUCCCCUCGUCGUCAUUGAUGUCACUACCGGCUGCCUUUGCAAUGAUACUGGGCGGAUGCGUAUUUUCAAGGCUGAUACGAGGUUCAAAGGACUUGUUUCAUCCAUGACAAAAAAAGUGGACAGGACGGAGAUCCGACAUGGGAACGAGCCGUCGUUCCAGGACGUCAAUGUAGUCAACUCCGUGUGGGACCUUCCCGACACGCCCCUGAAUAACAAGUUGCAUGUUUUUCGCCUGGAAACGCGCAGGUUCGGUCACAAUUGGGCAUGGUCAUAUACGUGUUGUAUCGACAAGUCCGCGAGCUCUGUCCUUAACCAGUCCCUUACCUCCAUGUACAAGUGGAAUGCGAAUUCGGCGGCCACGCUCGUAUUCCUUGCCGGUGUAACCCAUCCGCCCAAGCCCGGGGACCUUUCGCAGUUUCUCUCACCAAAUGUCAUCUUUUUCUACGACUCCGAGUGGAAACCGUACUUCGGCAAUACUGGCGUGAGCCACAAGCAAUCUCCAGGGAUCAUGCAAGAGCGAGCGGAUGCUAUCAAGAUCCCCUCCGGAACCAUCGUCACGUUCUUUCCAGACAAUCUUGGGGUGCGCGAAAAACUUCGUUUCGCUUCGACGCGCAAUGCGAAGUUCGAUGAAGACGUCGCAUACUCUCUGAUCGGGAUAUUCACGUCUGAUAUUAGGCCCCACUACGGCGAAGGAAGCGACGCUCUCGGACAUCUCCUGGAGGAGAUCGUGGCCCGCAAUGGAGAGGUCACCGUACUUGCGUGCCAAAUUCCUUACGACCCCUCAUCACUCGAAGGGGCAGAAAUGAAAAGUUGCAUCGCGAAGCUACGAAGUCUCGAGAAGCCAUGUGGAGGCAAUGAAAAGUUAUAUCUUGCCCGGGUAUCGGGGCUUGGUGAAGUGGAAUUCACGACCAUAGAUCAGCUCCCGCUGAACGGGACACAGAAAUUCGCCUUCGCGCAUCCGUGGAUCGAUCAUACCCGAGGCCUGAGCAGUGGUGUUACCUUGGAAAAUGACUCGGAAUCUGACCCUGAUUCUGACUUGGAUUGUCCCUGUACCACAGGUUGA